UUUACUCUUUUAUUGACUCCGUUAGUUUUUACACCGAUUUACUAAUUGUCUCAUUGGGAUUAAGAGGCCAAAGGAUUAGUUAAGAUGUCAAUUUGAUUUUGAAAACAAGUCAUAAAAUAGUCGUCUGGGAAAGGGAACAGAAAAAAAUGGCGGUCGCGGGGAGUGCUUUGAAACGAGAACGAUUCUCUGAAAGUGCUUUCGGAAUUCCUUUGAAAACAUCCACAUUUUCCUGCAUCCAACCUCCUGUUCUUCACCAGGUUUGUUAUAUGACAGGGGGUUUGACAAAGCUCUACCAAACGAUUAAAGCCAAUAAAGACUGUAUUCCUGAUCAGGAAUCCCAUUACUUUACUGAUGAAGAUGGCACAUUUAAUCCAACUGAACAAGUUCCCCUGCUAGCAAAACGAUAUCAGUUCAUCAGGAUUCUUGGUAAAGGUUGCUCAGCUACACUCAUACAAGCUGUAGACACUUUCAGACCAGGCAACUACCAGGUAGCCAUCAAAGUUCUCAACCAGGAAUAUUAUGCAUUGGGAUAUCAGGAAAGUAACAACAUUGAGGGAUUAAAUCGGGGAGAUCCUCAGGACUUCUCAGGAGCUGUUAGGUUGUUGAAUACAUUCUCGUUCAGUGGUCACUUCUGCCUUGUUUUUGAACUCCUUCAUCCAAAGCCUCUUCAUCACUAUUUCAAGAAAAUCCCAACUGGAUCAAAGAAGCUGCAGCUGGUUCGAAAAAUUGCCCUUCAACUCCUUCAAGUCCUGGGAUUCUUACGUCAAGAAAAUGUCAUUCAUGCUGACCUCAAGCCAGAGAAUAUUCUGUGUCGGACAGGGGACCUGUCAUCUGGUGUCAAGGUGAUUGAUUUUGGUAAUGCUAUCCACUGUGUCUAUGAUGAGCUGUCUUUGUACUAUGAUGACUUUGAACUGCAGACAUUACUGUAUCGGGCACCAGAGGUUGUGUAUGGUCUCCCAUUUGGUCCAGAGAUUGACAUGUGGUCCCUGGGAUGUAUCUUGGUUGAGCUGUAUCUGGGAGAACCUCUGUUCUUUGCUGUUACCAAGGAAGAGCUGCUUCAGAAGAUGAUUGCCGUGCUUGGUCCACUCCCUGUCCAAAUCUUCCAAAGGGGAAAGUUCUACUCUGAGUUUGAGCAUUUCAUUGGCAAACCACAGACGAAGCUAGAGACACAAAGCAAGCUAUUCCGUCGGCUUGGAGAACUACAUGAUUACAACUUUGGUAGUUUCAUUCUGUCUAUCCUGCAAUACAACCCUAGUGAGCGAAUCUCUGUUAGUGAUGCAUUCCUUCAUCCAUUUCUUGCUCCAGAAGUUGCUGCUAGAUUUCUCUUACCUCCCAGCUCUAACGCAUGCCCAUCCACAUAUAAGAAAUUCAACAUUCCUGCAAGCGUCUACACAUUAUCUCCAGUUAUCUCUUCUGAAGUAGCUACUGACCAUCUCAAGAGUGUGGAUCUACUUCGACGAGGGACUACAUCCAUCCAGGCAGAGCCAAUCCAAAUCAGGAGACCCAAACGUGCUGUUGCAGAAGUGGCACCAUUUGCUCCCAAGGAUACUCAAACCCUACACAAUGACUUGGACAAGGUUGCUACCGUGGCAUUUUCGAACUCAUCAGCCACCAAAGUUGCCAGUCAAAGUCAUGGUCAGUAUGCAGUGGAGCCAUCAUUGCAGGAAUGUAUAGGCAAACAAGAACAGCCUGAAUGGUGUAAUCCAUCAGUAGGUUUAGAUAUGAAGGCAACUAACCAGGAAAGAUUUGGCUGCAGUUCAAACAAUAAAUUGUUUGGAUCAAAGUCAAAUAGCAUUGCCUUUACCAAUUCAAGAGACCUGCAGACUGUGUUGGAAAAUUCACCCACUGUUGAGAAGAGAUACAAGGAUGGAAAUGUUAACAAUAAAACAGGCAUUGAACUCGGCAAGAUUAAUGUAACAGUGCAGCCUUCACUGACGUCAGAUCAAAAGUUGAAAGAUCCUCUUGUUCUCAGUAAUGUUAUGAGUAACUCUCCAUCUAGCAAAAAAGAAAUUGGGACCCUGGUAUCUCAUAUUGAAAAGACAAUCAAAGCAGAGUGCCAGCAGCUUGAAGGGCUCACUCAUAUGCCAGAAGAGGCCAGAUUUAAGCAUCUUAAGGAGAUGAAAAUGGAAGCUCUCAAAGAAGACUUGGAAAAAUCUUUGGAACCGAAACCAGAAAGUAGCAUGUGGUACCAGUUGCUCUAUCAUGACACAGAAAACAGCAAGACUGAAUUGAUGGAUAUCACUGAGCCUUCUCAAAAUACCAACCAUCAUAGAACUCUAACAAAGACCAAAGCAAUGGUACUAUCCACCUCGUCUAAUCCACAAGAUGUUGUCAGUGAUAGCUUGAAUCUGCUGACUCCUAUAAACUAUUCACAAUCUCCAGAGUGCUCCACACAAGAGCUGAAGAAAGAUGUUGAUGAGGCUACAGUUCAUCAGAUAUCCAAAAUAUUAAAGAGGCAAUCACAGGAUCUGUCUCCUCGUAACACGACAUUAAAGAGUGAGAAGGUAUCAGCAAGCCUUGGGUCAAAAAAGAAAAGCCCAAAGCAAGAUAUUUUAUUGGCAAAGAAAUCCAAGCAGCAAACAGAAACCACGCUCCUUUCUGAGCCAAUGUUAAAUGCAAGUAUCAAGAACCAUGAAAUUCCAAGACAUACUGAGAUAAGCAAAAGUUGCCUAGAUGAGCCAAAUCUCUCUAAAGAUGUCACAAUAAAUACCACUACUACUGAACGAAAAGCCACCAUGGAUUUCAAUCCAUCAAAAAGCUUGAAAUUAAGCCAAAGGCCAACCUUCAAGCUGAAUCCACUGUCGCGGAUAAGAAGGAGCAAAGCUCGGGCCCAGGAGAGAAUCAAAGCCAGACAUGAUUUUAUAAGCCAAGAACCCUUCCACUGGUGGGAGUUGAACUCAGGAACACAGAGCAAAGAAGACAAUCAUGAUGCUGCUGAGGUUAUUUGGCAAAGAGAUGGUAAUGAUAAAGGCCAUCGAGCUGAGAGUAAAGAGGUAUUACCAAUCAAACUUGUGAAAGAUUGUCAGCCUUCAUGCCAGAUUACCACCAGUCUAUCAUGCUUUAAUAUUCCACAGAAAUUAGAAAGUAAGACUCUUUCCAGAAAUACGAAAGAACUGAAACAUUCUAAGGGGAAGCUCAUAACAAAAGAUACAUGGAAGUUCAAGAAUCCAGCUCGGUCACGAGGAGGUGUGCCUCAGACAUCAUUACAGUCUCAAAAAUUGAAAAAGACUCUCUCAGAUGCUGACUUGAAAUCAAAAAGAGUUAAACAAAAUCUGGGGAAUCCAUGUUCUGGCAAAUUACACCAUCACAGAGAGAUUAAAAUCAUUUCACAGGUACAAGAUCCUGCUGAGAAGCCGAGAAUGUUACAAAAAAAGAAAUCAGGAGUUACCAGGAAUAUUAUCCCAUCUCCAGCUAAAUCAGGGUCAAAUCACCACACAGACACUUCUGAACAUGAAGUCAAACCAAAACAUGACGUUAGUAAAAGUGGACAUAGCCCUGAUAAAGGUGAAAUCUCAAGGAGUAAAGAAAGUCGGAGAUCAGGUGUAAGAAAGAAAAGAAAACUGGAGCAUCCACUCAGUAAUUAUGAGGAUGCUACAUUAACAAGGAAUGUCCCUAUAAAAUCAUCACCACUUGAAAAUGCUAGUGUUAGAAUCACACCAACCAUCCAGGCAGACUCACUUGUGGAAGUUAAAAACAUCAGACCAAAAGAUGAUAGAAGUGGAACUUGUCAGGAAGAGCAGUCACAUCAGAAGCUUAAUCUAAACCCUGGGAAUGAGUCUGAAAAGGAUGCUAAUGGUCCAGCAAGUUCAUCACCUUCCAAUUCAGAAGAGGAUGAUGAGGUACUUCUACUGUGAAUGGUAUGCCAUUGAGCAGAGGACAGUGAAUGGUGUUCAACUUGCAGUCCAUUCUGGAACUCCAUUGUAUGACAUGAGUGAUCAAAUGUGAUAGCAAUAAGUGUGAACAGUGUGACCACUGUUAACUCAGUGUAUAUCAUGUUGCUCACAUUGGUGAACAUGCAAGAAUCGCUGAGAGGUUUUUAGUGUUGUAUCCAUUCUGUCUCAGGUUUUCCUGUUACAUAGAAGCUACGGAAAAAAAACAAGUACAUUGAAGACUUGAACGCACACUUGACAUUUGACACAUUCAGUUCAGAUGCGAGCAGAUCUGACGAAAUAUGUCAAAACGUUUUCAGUACAUUGUUUAAAGUUUGCUUUAAAAAGAGUAAACUAAACUUUCAUUUUGAUGUAUCAAUCCAUCUGGCAUCCUGAAGAAAAAAGACUUGUGGGUGAAAAAUGAAAAAUAUUCACUGUGCAAGGUUCUUUUGAAGAUAUGUUAAUUAAUCAAAAGUGGCUCUUAUAACUAGUGACUCACUUUGUUGGGUUGGGUCACAUAUUUUUUCCGUAGUUUGAUGGACUGCUCAUAUGUACAAUGGUUGCUGUGAGGACCAGCAACAGUGUGGGGACUCUUAAAAGUCCUCACAGUUGCUACAAAGUUUUCUAAUAGAAAUUUUCUCCAGGAAAUUCCAGUCAUCAUGGCUCAUGUGUCAUUAUUGUAAAGGAAGUACAUUCCUUUUGCUCUGGUAAGCAUGAUACCUGAAGCAGUGUAUGCACAGUUGAUAGCCAAUAAAACCAUGCGACUAUUGUCACCUCACAUGGUAUAUCUAAGAGUGUCAAAUCCACAUUGUCAAAGUAGAUCUUGGAUGACUGCUUGCAAUGACUGCAUUUAUUGCUUGAUACUUGGACAUCUUGAGGCAAGUUUCAACUAACUUCAUUCAAGUGUAGGAUAGUUGGAUAAUGUAUUCAACUACAUGUAGUUGCAACUUGACUGUGGUUCCAAUGCCAGUUCUCGGUAGCCCAGUUUUAGACAGGGAACCUUUGACAUGAAAACUUGGUGGCAAGAUGGCAUGAAAUGGCAAGGACCACAAAAGCAUUGAGAAAUGUGACUAAUUGAAAAUUGUGACCGGUGACUUUCAAUUUGGCAGCACUGGUUCGACUGGGACCUUUACAUUGUCAAGAGAAGCUUGACUACCUGGUCUAACCAGAGCUUAGAGUGGCUAACAUGGGUUCAUAAACAGGUCUUACUCAACCUUGACAGAUGGAAAAUCAUAGAAAUCUGUCCUAGAGAGCAGCUUACUAAAAUGAAGUAUUUUAAGAAAUGACAUUUUCAGCAUUUUAAGGUGAUGAUGGAAAGCCUUAAAGAAGAAAUAAACUUGAUUUUGUGCCUUAAUUUAGUGUAUUUAUGCAACAAAAUUUUUGUAAAUGGUUUUUAUUUGUAAAUAUGAUUGCAAUCAAAUUGAAGGAUCUAAUGCCCAUUUUUCAGGAUUUCACAUUUGAUAUUGAAAUACAUGCACAAAUAGUUCACUUUCAAAGGCUUUAGUUGUCAAACUACUUCUAGUCAAAACACCCGAUAAAAGCCUCUGUAAGUCUGUAUGCAUGUGAGUGCCCCCCCCCGAUGGUGCUUGUAUUUUAAACCAUUCCAGAAUAGUCUUGCUUGCAAUUGAAAUUAAGUCAAUUAAUUUUUGCAAGUACAUGUUUCACAACAGUAGUUUAAAAGAAAUAUUGUCCCGCUGCUUAUUUCAUGUGCCUGGAAGGAAACCUUGUAUAUUUGUGAUGUACUAGGAUUUGAAGCAAGUGAAAAUAGAGGGUUUGAGCCAUACAGCUAUAUUAAAUUACUAGAGUGCCAAUUUCCAGUUCUCCGUGGAGAAAUUUUCAAGCUGUCCUGGGUGCAGACAUUUUGAAUCCAUGUGCGUGCUUGUAGAACAUUUGAAAUUAUCGAAUUAUGUACUGUAAAUGCAGUGCGCAUUGGGUACUGCUAAAAUCCAAUUUAAAAAGUCACAGCAGAAUAUCUGCAGCACGUACGUGCAUGCAUUUGUGUUGUUUAUGCAGAGCAAAGUGAAAUGCUCAUUUACUGAUUGUGCAUUUAGUUUUUUGUAUAUCGACUUUGUUAAUGUAUCAUUUUAGAAUACAGACUUAGAUAUCCAAAUAGCCAUACAAAACGUGUUCAAAAUUUUGUGUGUUUCAUAGGUUUGUGUACAAACAUGGAUGCACCCAGCAGGCAUUCC